AUGCAAUAAGGAAAUCAUGUGAUCUAUGAGUUAGAAGAUGAUGAAGAAAAUAAAUAGUAAACUUCUAAGCAAGUAUAUAAUUUUUAUUUAUUGGUUUAGUAAAUCAAGAUUGACAGAAAAUUAGGAGCAGUUUCUUAUAAAAAAUGGGGUACAUUAUAUAACUACUAUUUCUGUUUCAAUUUGAAAAAGGGAAGAUUAUUGUGUUAUAAAACACAGACAUCUUCUUCUUACAAUAAUUACUAUUCAUUAAACAAAGGGGAUUUUGUUAAAGAUGAAUCAGAAAUUAAUCGAUUUGAAAACAGUUUGAAGAAGAAGAAAAAUUAUGAAUAUGUUCAAAAUUAAAAGGUAUAUAUGAUUAAUUGAGAUUAGUUAAUAAUAUAUGUUAGAACAGCAAAAGGAAGAAUUUUCAAAUUAGUCAUUGAUGAAAAUGAGAAUUAUGAUAAGAUUGUUGGUUAUUUGUAAAUUUGCUUUUCUUCUAAGAUUUAAACAGUGAAUUCAUUUUUUGCAUUGCUUGGAGUUGGAUUAAUUAAGGUAAAUGAUGAAGAAUUUAAAUUAACUACUGGUAUAUUUGUAUCUUUGAAUGAUUGGUCAAAAACAAAUAAUAAUAAAUAUCUAUUAAUGAAUUAAGAUUAAGGCUUAAAUUUAUUAAUAAGCAAUAUUGAAUUAUUAGGUGGAAUUAUAGGUUCAUUUUAUAGAACCUAAAAUCUUUUAGGAAUUAUCUUUAAUCCAUUUACAUAGACAAUCGAUAUUAUUUUAUUUGAUAAUUUAAAGUAAGUAAUAAAUAUAAUUUAAUCUUUAGUCCUAAAAUACUUCUGUAGGGAGUCUUUAAAUUAGUAAAAUUUAGUAAAAAACAUAUAUAACCAUCAGGUAGAGGUUAAUUAUUAAAAUUAAGAACUGAUAUGAAUGAAGUUAAAGAUAAUCAUUAUGUAGAAAUUGCAUAAAAUGAGAAUGUUAAAAUAUAUAUACAUAAUACUCAUCUUAAUAUUUCAGAUUAUGAUUUAGUAUAAGGAUCUAUGUUUACAUCUUAAUAUAUUGAUGAUGAAAAUGAUUUAGAUGCUGAUAAAUUAUUAUCAAAUACAACUUUAGAAUUCUAUAAAAAAGAAUAUAAGAUAAUAAACAAUAAUGAAGAUGAAACUAAAGAAUUUAUUAUUGUUAAUAAAUAACAAAAAUAAAUCAAUUUUAAUAAUUUUGCUUCACCAAGAUGUAAUAAAAGAUAGGUAUCUAUAAUAACAGAAGAUGUUAAUGAUGAAAAUUAAGGUUAAGGUGUUUAAAUUGCUAAAAGUAUAAAAAUACACAUGCAUAAAUCAGAUCAAAAUAUCAAUUAAUUUCCUAAUAUUACACCACCUAAAUUAGAAUUUAUUACUGAAUUUUAAACUGGAUGUUUUAAUAAUAUUGAAAGUAUUGAUUAAGUUAAAUAAAAUUUAUUCUAAUAAGAAUAAUAAAAUGGAAAGGAUUAAUAAUAAUAAUAAUAAUAAUAAUAAUAAUAAAUAGAAUAAUCUUAAAUACUUUAAUGUAAAGCAUAAGAUUAAGAUAAUGAUUCAGAUGAAAUUGAUUUAGUUAAAUUCUCAAUAGUUUUUGAAGCAUCUGAACAUAGUCCAUAUAGGGAUUAUAAUUCUAUUAUGAAUUAUGCAGUUAAUUUUAAAAAGAUUGAUUAUAAAGAUGAAUAUAGAGUUAGUAUUGCUCAUAAAAGUGGAGGAACAGCUUGUUAAGAUAAAAAGAUUAUUGAAUUAGCAAGAAGUGUUGGAAAAAAUAUGAUUAAAUAAGUAGGUUAGAAAUUAUUAAGUGGUAAUUUCAAUCUUACAUAAGUAUCCUUUCCAGUAAUAUAAUAUUUUAUCAAUUUAUAUAGAUUAAAGCUAUGAUUCCAAAAUCUGCCUUAGAGAAAACGUUUAUGUAAACUAUACUCUUUCCAUUAUAUAUGAAUAAGGCUGCAUCCAUUUAAGAUCCACUUGAAAGAAUGAAACUCUCUAUUAUUGGAUUACUUUCUAAUUAUAUAUAAGCUAAUUCAUUUCUAAAACCUCUCAAUCCUAUUUUAGGAGAAACUUUUGAGGGAGGAUAUGAAGAUGGUACAUAAUUAUUUUGUGAAUAAGUAUUUAUUUAUUUUCAAUCUAUUAGAUAUCACAUCAUCCUCCACUCUCUUAUUUCUUAGUUUAUGGACCAAAAAAAUCAUAUAAAUUUUAUGGAUAUUCCCUUUAUGAAGCAAAGGCAGGAUUCAAUUCUCUAACUAUAUUGAAUCAUGGAAAAAGAACCAUACAAUUUAAUGAUUAAAAAAUUUAAUGUACAUUCUCAUCAGAACAUUACUCUGGUACUUUCUUAGGAACAAUGAAAAAUGAAUCACAAGGAUCUCUUUAAUUUAUUGAUGAGGCUAAUAGUAACAAAUUAAUUAAUUAUUAUUUAGAUUUAAAAUGUAUUGUAUAAUUAGGAAAAGUUAAAAAUAAACCAACUGAUUAUUUUGAAGGAGAAAUCAAAAGAGGUAAAACAACUUUAAGUAAAUUAUUUGGAUCUUAUAUGGGAUUUGCUGAUUUUGAUGGUGUUAGAUAUUGGGAUGCCAGAAUUGUUAAGCCAUUUGCAAUGCAAAUAUUAAAAUCUAAUCUAGAAUCAGAUCACACCAAAAGAACAGAUAGAAUCUUUAUGGUAUAAGGAGAAAUGGAUAAAGCUUAAACUGAAAAAGAAAGAUUAGAAUAACUUUAAAGAAAAGAUGCCAGCUUGAGAAAAGCUUCAAGGUAAAAUGAUUGA